AUGCAAGAAUGUUUGAUUACUGAGAUUGAACUGUAUGACGAUGAUAUUGGACCUAAAGUCCGAGAUGUUCUCAAAUUACCAAAAGGAGUGAAAACGAUCUCUUCGUUGCCAGAUAUUGUUGAUACU